UUAAAAGUUAUUAAAUGAGUGUAACACGUUGUUUCCUUUCCCUACUCUAUUGGAUCAAUGAUAAUCCAAGUUGGACUAUUUCUCUCUUUAUAUGGCUUUCAUUUCCCUCCACAAAACAAACUGAAUCCUCUCAUCUCAUUUCCCACUUCUUGCUUUCAUUUCUUUUAACCAACCUCAACAUAAAGUCUAUUAUUGCAUAACCAAAGGGGCAUAACCAAAGGAGCUAAAGCCACAACAAUUGAAUGUAAUCCAAAUAAACCAAAAAAAAUGCCAACAACAAGAGCUCGUUUGGGCAGAAGACCAUCCUCUUCUUCGUACUCAUCAACUAUUACUACUAUCAUCUUUGUUUCACUAUGUGUGUUGGGAGUAUGGCUUCUCACCUCCACCUCUGUUGUUCCUCCCAAAUCCACCACUCGAACGUCGACCGAUUCUACCUCUUCUGCAUCUUCUUCUUUUGCUUCCACCAUUAUGAAUGCCCACAAGACCAUUUCUAAUAGUGCUAAAACACCUCCUGUUUUCAAAGACACACAAGGAGACCUUCCUGAUGAUGCCCUUAAAACUGGUGAUGCUAACCGGCCUCAGGAUACUAACGAAAUUGACAAGCUCCAAACAGAUGUCUCAACAGAUAUUACAAAGGAUUCUGGAGGUGGAGAUAGUUUCAAUGGGAAUGGUGAAAAUGGAAAACCGGAGGAUGAGAAGAAAAAUGGAAAUCUAGCUGUGGCAGAGAACUCUCAGGGAUUGCGUGGAACCGAAUCAAUUGAAGAGCAAGAGAAGCAGAAACAAUUGGAGACACAAACUUCCGAGGAAAGUUCCAUCACUCACAGGCAAGAAGCUGAGCAAAUAACUGCAGGAGUCGGAAAGGCAACAACCGGAAAAGAAAAGGCUGAAGAGGAUGUCUCUUUGGAUUCAGGAAAUGAUGCCCAUGGAGUUUCAACAGAUAACGCCAAGAACAUAUUGUCAGAUCACGAGCAACAAAAACGACUUGAGCAGCAUCAACAACAGGAAGAUGACCAAAUGCAACAGCAACAGAAACAAUUAGAAGAACAUACUCAAGGGGUAACGAGUAAAGAUCAAAUCAAACAUGACGAAGCACCUAAUAUAUUAAAAGAUGUUAAGGUUCAAAAUGAUCAUAAGGCUCCUGUAAACUUAACUAAUAACCUACCUGUUCCGAAGAAUGAAAAUCACAAGACAGAAACCAUUGUACCAAAAGAGUCUAAAGAAUCAAAGAAGGCCUGGUCGACACAAGCCGAUCAGUCAGUGAACCAGAAAGAAAGACGAACAGUCGGAACAAAUAAUCAAGACAGCAGCGUUCCGGAACAGAAUUGGCAGCUGUGCAAGGCGGAAGCUGGUGCAGACUACAUACCAUGUUUAGACAAUGAAGAAGCAAUAAAGAAGCUAAAAACCACAAAGCAUUAUGAACAUCGUGAAAGACAUUGUCCUCAGGAACCUCCUACCUGUCUAGUCUCCUUGCCUCAGGGAUACAAGAGGCCAAUUGAGUGGCCCAAAAGCAGAGAUAAGAUAUGGUACCAUAAUGUGCCUCAUACAUUGUUAGCAGAGGUGAAGGGGCACCAAAACUGGGUGAAGGUUUCUGGUGAAUUCCUAACUUUCCCAGGUGGAGGUACUCAGUUUAUCCAUGGAGCAUUGCAUUACCUUGAUUUUGUACAAGAGGCAGUUCCGGAUAUAGCAUGGGGAAAGCGCACUAGAGUAGUGUUAGAUGUUGGCUGUGGAGUAGCUAGUUUUGGUGGUUAUCUUUUCGAGAGAGACGUUCUUGCAAUGUCUUUCGCACCUAAAGAUGAACAUGAGGCACAAGUUCAAUUCGCACUGGAAAGGGGAAUACCUGCAAUAUCUGCCGUGAUGGGUACUCAGAGGUUGCCAUUUCCAAGUGGAGUUUUUGACCUUGUGCAUUGUGCACGCUGCAGAGUCCCUUGGCAUGAGGAAGGUGGUGCUCUUCUCCUGGAAUUGAAUCGUGUCCUUCGCCCCGGAGGUUACUUUGCCUGGUCUGCAACUCCUGUCUACCAAACUCUUGAAGAAGAUGUCGAGAUAUGGAAGGAAAUGUCUAGCUUGACGGUGGCCAUGUGCUGGGAGCUUGUAACCAUAAAGAAGGACAAACUAAACUCUGUUGGUGUUGCCAUCUACCACAAACCAGACACAAAUGAAUGCUACGAUCAAAGAAAACAAAACAAACCUCCAAUGUGUAAACCAGAAGAUGAUCCUAAUGCUGCCUGGUAUGUCCCCUUCCAUUCAUGUAUGCAUAAGGUGCCAAGUAAAGAAAAGGAAAGAGGAUAUAGGUGGCCUGUAGAGUGGCCGGAGCGACUGAAGACGCCUCCAUACUGGCUAAACAAAUCACAAGUUGGAAUUUAUGGAAAACCAGCGCCAGAUGACUUUGCAGCAGAUUUAGAACAUUGGAAACGUUUGGUAAGCAAGGUGUAUAUGAACGGAUUGGGAAUUAGCUGGUCAAAUGUGAGAAACGCCAUGGACAUGAGAGCAGUAUACGGAGGGUUUGCUGCGGCACUUAGAGAUCUGAAAAUGUGGGUGUUGAAUGUGGUGAAUGUCAAUGCUCCAGAUACACUUCCAAUAAUAUAUGAGCGUGGUCUUUUUGGAAUUUAUCAUGAUUGGUGUGAAUCAUUUAGUACAUACCCAAGGACAUACGAUCUUCUACAUGCUGAUCAUCUUUUCUCCCAGUUGAAGAAGAGGUGCAAAAUUGUUGCUGUAAUGGCAGAGGUUGACAGAAUAGUUAGACCAGGAGGUAAAUUGAUUGUCCGUGACGACUCUGCCACAACUAAGGAAGUAGAAAACUUACUCAAGUCUCUGCAUUGGGAAAUCCGGAAGACCAUCUCCCAGAACCAAGUUGGAAUACUAAGUGCAGAGAAGACAUUUUGGCGGCCAAACGCUUCUGCUGCACCCACCUGACUAGAGUCAGGAGAGUAUCAAAUCAUUUAAAUCUGUGGUUCGCAGUUCGCACUCUGUAGCAAUCACAACAAGCAAUUCCUAUUUUGUAGCCUAAAGGUCUUCAUAUACUGCUGCGAGCAGGCAAACAGCUGCUGCCGUAGCUUUUGUUAUUUAUUUUUCAUUUCUAUUUUUUUUAGUUGUUUAUUUAUAGUUUGAUAGAUAAAGAAGGCAAAGUGCUGCAGGCCAAAUGCCGUAGCUGUUGUUAUUGAUUAAUUACAAGGUUAAUGUUUACACUUAGCAUACAAAUACAUAAUUACAGUGACAAAGAACUGAAGUUCCCUAUCUUUGAAUCUCUUCUUCAAACAUGAAUCCUAACCCUUAUCAUUUUUCU